CCAGACAGAGUCAGUGAAGCAGCAGGAAUUGAGGCAAGCCUCCCAUGCCCAAGACUAAGAAAGACACUCUGGAAUCCACUAUGGACAGCCUCCUGAUGAAGCAGAGGAAGUUUCUUUACCAUUUCAAGAAUGUCCGCUGGGCUAAGGGUCGCCAUGAGACCUACUUGUGCUACGUGGUGAAGCGGCGGGAUAGCGCCACCUCCUUUUCACUGGACUUCGGUCACCUUCGAAACAAGUCCGGCUGCCACGUGGAGUUGCUCUUCCUCCGCUACAUCUCCGACUGGGACCUGGACCCUGGCCGGUGCUAUCGCGUCACCUGGUUCACCUCCUGGAGCCCCUGCUACGACUGUGCCCGGCACGUGGCCGACUUUCUGAGAGGGUACCCCAACCUCAGUCUGAGGAUCUUCACUGCGCGCCUCUACUUCUGCGAGGACCGCAAGGCUGAGCCAGAGGGGCUGCGGCGGCUGCACCGCGCGGGCGUCCAGAUCGCUAUCAUGACCUUCAAAGAUUAUUUUUAUUGCUGGAAUACUUUUGUGGAAAAUCGUGAAAAAACUUUCAAAGCCUGGGAGGGAUUGCACGAAAAUUCCGUUCGACUAUCCAGACAGCUUCGACGCAUUCUUUUGCCCCUGUAUGAGGUUGAUGACUUACGAGAUGCAUUUCGUACUUUGGGACUUUGAUAUCAACCUCCAAGAAUGUCACUUACAAUUAACCACCUCUGAAGACAGUGGGUAAAAGGACAAUCUUUCAAGAAUUGUUUUUCUUCAACUCUCAUUUUCUUAAGAGUUUAGAGAGAAAAUAUUCAUUACAGGACUUUGUAAAAAAAAACCGUCUUGAAAGUACAGAAGGAACACAGGCCCACCAGGGAAAUGCUGCAACCGGUGCAGCUUUUAGUGCAACAACGCCCCCUAUUGGGAAAUGACAGAAUUGCAGGGCCUGGGAGUACCUAAAGUGUCCUGUUCUAUGACUGAGGGAGGAAACAAAAGGUAAAUCUGUAAAAGCAUGGUGAGAAGAUCAAAUGAAAUGUUUAUAUAAUAUGUAUCCUUUAUUAUUUGAUUCAUAUGGAGUUUUCAAUGAUAUCAGUGAUAGAUUUUUCUACUCUUUUCCUUCGGGGUUCACUUUCAAGUGAACAAACUUGUACCAGUCCAUGGUCUAUACAGAACCUCCUAAUGAAAAGAUCUGGGUGAUUGUAACCCCAAAACAUCUUCUCAAGGCAUUAAUAUCUAAGCAUGUACUGUAUGUUUUCAUUGUCUGAGGUAUGUUUUUAUGUUUGUACAUAAGACAAUUUUUUUCUUGGUAUGAAAUAUGCAUGAUCACCUUCAGGCUAUUUUAUAAUAAAGGAUCUUAAAAUAAAUGAGGACUGUGAAGAAGACACUCUAAAAGUUAGCUGAUGCCUCAGUUAAGACAUCUGGAAACAUAGAUCCUUUUAAAGAGGUCCAUAGGUCAGAAACCACAACCAUAAAUUUCACAUUUAAUUAGGUAACACUUGGAAAGGACUUGCUUCAAUGUUGAGAAAAGAAAAAUCUGUUCAAGUUAGAACAAUGUCAACCACGCCAACAUUUCUGACUUUUUCUAUGUAUGCAAUGCUCCUCUCAAAGAAAUGUUCACCAUGUAGGAGAGUGUGACAAAAAGAGAGUAAACAUUUGGAAAGGAAGGAUCACAGAGCAUUCAUUAGAAAGAAAUAGUGUUUUCUCCAGCAAAAUGUAGGGAGCCAACAUGGCAGAAAGUGCCUCUUUGUAACAACUCUCCUUGACUAAGAAAAAUAUUCAAAAAUAACCUUAUCACUGUGCAAUUAUUACCUAGCAACCUUGCAAUACAGAUUAAUAGAUCUGCAAGACAAGUUGAAUGCACAAUUGCGUUGUUUUACAACUACAAAUGGGUGCCAGGACCAAUCAAUAGGAGAAAGAAUAAUCCUUUGCAAGAAACUGUGCUGGGACAACUGGAUAUCUAUAUGCAAAAGAAUGAAUUUGUAUCUCUUACCACACACCACAUGCAGGAACUAAAACUAUAAAACCCUUAGAAGGAAACAUAGGUGGAAAUCUUCACGACCUUGG